GCGUUAGAGCACCACAAGUUUAAUUCAGUUUAAAAGAAAUCACAACGGCAUUAAAAUUGCUAUCGGAAUAAUUGAGCGAGUACCCAUAGAUCAGUUAUAAUCGAAAAAAAUUCGGCUGGCAGUUUAAUACAAUGGCGGUUGUUUGGCUUUUCUUAUCCAUAGCGGUGGGCCUUGGUCUAUUCAAUGCGUAAGAAUUUCUCCUAUUGGAAAACCAAAGGUAUAGCAUAUGAGGAACCCCAUCCAUUUUUGGGCAGCAUGGAAGGCUUGAACAACACUCGCAGUUUUGCUGAUAUCAUGCAGCAGUACUAUGAUAAAUUUCGUGGCACUGGACCAUUUGCCGGUUUCUAUUUUGGCUAUAAGCCAGCAGCGUUUAUUUUGGAGCCAGCUGUAAUGAAAGACAUACUCAUCAAGGAAUUCAAUAAUUUCACCGAUCGCGGCUUCUUUCACAAUGAAAAGGAUGAUCCUUUGUCGGGCCAAUUGUUUUUGGUCGAUGGCCAUAAGUGGCGACGCAUGCGCAAUAAACUUUCGCCCACUUUUACCUCGGGCAAGAUGAGGUUCAUGUUUCCCAUCAUCACCCAAAUAGGCGAGGAAUUUAUUGAGGUUAUGGAUCAAAUGGCCAAAGAUAAUCCUGAAAUAGAAAUAAAGGAUAUAUUGGCACGAUUUACCACAGAUGUCAUAGGCUCAUGCGCCUUUGGCAUUGAUUGUGGUAGCUUGAAAAAUCCCCAUGCCGAAUUUCGGGAAUUCGGUAGACGUAGUCUCAGAGAACAGAGACAUGGCAAUUUGGUGAAUGCCUUUAUACACAGUUUUCCCAAACUGGCAGCCAAAAUGCAUUUUAAGCUGUUUCCCCAAGAGAUCAUUGAUUUCUUUUUGCGCAUUGUCAAGGAAACAGUGGAGUAUCGGGAGCAGAACAAUGUGAGGCGCAAUGAUUUCAUGGACAUGUUAAUCGAUUUGAAGAACAAGAAGCUGGUAAAGUCAGAAGAUGAUUUGACAAAUUUAACCAUGGAAGAGAUAACCGCACAGGCCUUUGUGUUCUUCAAUGCAGGCUUUGAUACCUCAUCGACCACCAUGAGUUUUGCUCUCUAUGAGUUGGCUCGCAACCAGGAUGUACAGGAGAAGGCUCGCCAAGAAGUUUUGGAGAUGUACAAGAAGAACGAUCAUAAAUUUGGCUAUGAGAGUAUGAAGGAGAUGCCGUACUUGGAUCAAAUAAUAUCAGAAACUUUGCGUAUGUAUACCGUGGCCCCUAUGCUUAAUCGCCAAGCCAUAGGUGAUUACCAGGUGCCUGGUAAUCCCAAAUAUGUCAUCAAGAAAGGCAUGCCGGUAUUGAUACCCAUUUCGGCCAUACACCUUGAUGAACGCUACUAUCCGAAUCCCCAUAAAUUUGAUCCUGAAAACUUUUCCCACGACAAAGUGACACAACGUGAUCCCGUAUUGUAUAUGCCCUUUGGCGAUGGUCCCCGCAAUUGUAUUGGCAUGCGUUUUGGUAAAAUGCAAACGAAGAUAGGCUUGACCAUACUAUUGAAGAAUUUCCGAUUUUCCGCAUGCUCCAAAACACAAAUCCCCAUGGAAUUUGACAAGAAACAAAUGCUAAUAACCCCAGCGAAGGGUAUAGUAUUGAAGGUUACUAAAAUUUAAAAUCUUUUCUUUCAAGAAUAACAAUUUGUGUUUAUAACAAGUAAAAGCGUGCUAAGUUCGGCCGGGCCGAAUCUUAUAUACCCUCCACCAUGGAUCGCAUUUGUCAAGUUCUUUUCCCGGCAUCUCUUCUUAGGCAAAAAAGUAUAUAAGAAAAGAGUUACUCUGCUAUUAAAACGAUAUCAAGAUAUGGUCCGGUUCGGACCACAAUUAAAUUAUAUGUUGGAGGCCUGUGUAAAAUUUCAGCCAAUUCGUUUAAGAAUUGCGUCCAUUGGGGCUCACGAAGUAAAAU